UCUGUGUGUGCGUGUGCAUGCGUGCGAGUGACCUGCUGACUGUCAUCUGUGUAAUCCCAAAUCCUGUUGUGCCUGCCCUGAAAUCCUCUCACGGUCCACGAUCGUUUGGGAAUACACAACGAAAUUAACGCUAUUCCAGGUUUAUGACAAACAUGCUUUCAGCAGAGCAGGUGUUUGAGAGAGAAUGAGCUCAUGCUUUCGCUGGCGUACCUGUGAUGACGAGGAUGAUGAUGAUGAUGAUAAUGAUGAUGAUGUCAGCGCGGCACUCAGGUGUGUGAAGGCAGCAGCAGUACUUGUGUGACGGGCAGGUGGCCUGACCAAUCAGCUGCGAUGUCUGCUCGAGUGAGGCCUCUGGACCCGCCCUCAUUCCUCCUGGAGGGGGUGAACCAGGUUUCCACAGAGGACUUUAUAGAGAAGCAGCACCCAGAUGCUGGAACGUACUUCAACACCAACAACAGCAAUAACAAUGAAGAAGAGGAAAAGAAGAAGAAAAAGAAAGAGAAAAAGGAGAAGAAAGAGAAAAAAGAGAAGAAGGAAAAAAAGGAGAAGAAGGAAAAGAAAAAAGAAGCAGAAGAGAAAGAGAAGGAGAAAGAAAAAGAGAAGGAGAAGGAGAAGGAGAAGGAGAAAGAGAAAGAGAAGGAGAAGGAGAAGGAGAAGAAAAACCGUAGACCAAAGGAGAUCCAGGUUGUGGAUCCGGCGGGAAACAUGUACUACAACUGGCUCUUUGUGAUCACGUGUCCUGUGAUGUAUAACUGGGUUCUCAUCAUAGCGAGAGCUUGUUUCGAGGAAUUGCAGUCGGAUUAUUUGAUGUAUUGGUUCAUCCUGGAUUUCUUGUCAGAUCUGGUGUAUCUGCUCGACAUGGUGUUCAGGACCAGGACAGGAUAUCUGGAGCAGGGGCUGCUGGUGAAGGACGAGAAGAAGCUUCGCGACCGCUACGUCCAGAGCCUCCAGUUCAGGCUGGAUCUGGCCUCCAUGGUUCCGACCGACGUUUUUUACUUGUACUUCGGCCUGAACUACCCCGAGAUUCGCAUGAACAAGCUACUGAGGGUCAAUCGCUUGUUCGAGUUUUUCCAGCGCACCGAAACACGGACGAACUUUCCGAACGUGUUCCGAAUCUCCAACCUCGUCAUGUACAUCGUGAUCAUCAUCCACUGGAACGCCUGCAUGUACUACUCCUUCUCCAAGGCCAUCGGCUUCGGGACGGACGCGUUCGUGUACCCGAACACCUCAGACCCGGAGUUCGGCCGGCUGGUGAGGAAGUACGCGUACAGCAUGUACUGGUCCACGCUCACUCUCACCACCAUCGGCGAGACGCCGCCGCCCGUCAAGAAUUCGGAGUACUUCUUCGUGGUGACGGACUUCCUGGUCGGCGUGUUGAUUUUCGCCACCAUCGUCGGUAACGUCGGCUCCAUGAUCACCAAUGCCAACGCGGCUCGAGCGGACUUCCAGGCUCGCAUCGACGCUAUCAAACAGUACAUGAGCUUCCGGAAGGUCACCAAAGACCUGGAGAAACGGGUCAUCAAAUGGUUCGAUUACUUGUGGACCAACAAGAAGGCGGUCGACGAGAGGGAAGUGCUGAAGUACCUGCCAGACAAGCUGCGGGCGGAGAUCGCUAUAAACGUCCACCUGGACACUCUGAAAAAGGUGCGCAUCUUCGCGGACUGCGAGGCCGGCCUGCUGGUGGAGCUGGUGCUGAAGCUUCAGCCGCAGGUCUACAGCCCCGGAGACUACAUCUGCAAGAAGGGCGACAUCGGCCGCGAGAUGUACAUCAUUAAGGAAGGAAAGCUCGCCGUGGUGGCCGACGACGGAGUCACGCAGUUCGUGGUGCUGAGCGACGGCAGCUACUUCGGAGAGAUCAGCAUCCUCAACAUCAAGGGCAGCAGGGCAGGCAAUCGAAGAACUGCCAACAUCCGCAGCAUUGGCUACUCAGACCUCUUCUGCCUGUCCAAAGACGACCUGAUGGAGGCGCUGACCGAAUAUCCGGAUGCCAAGGCCAUGCUGGAGGAGAAGGGACGACAAAUCCUCAUGAAGGACAAUCUUCUGGAUUUAGAGUUGGCCAAGCAGGGUCCUGAUCCCAAAGACAUGGAGGAAAAGGUCAUCAAGAUCGGCAGCGUGCUGGAUGACCUUCAGACCCGAUUCGCCCGCCUGUUGGCCGAACACGAAGCUGCACAAGGGAAACUGAAGAAGCGUGUCACUAAAUUAGAAAAGAAGAUGACGGACUCCGGCGGAGCGGCGUUCUCCGAGAUGCUGGAACCGGAGACUGCAGAGAAGAAAGACGAGAAAGACCCAGAAGAAAAGAAAGAAUAACAUGAAAGCUGCAGACAAACCUGAUUAAACGAAUUAGUUCUUAGAACUUUGAAAAGAAGCCUUGCAUAUUUUGUGGUCCAUUUUGGGUUGGACUGGAUUUGUGAGGACGCAUAAAACGUCGUCAAACGUAGAUACACAUCAGCUCCUGCCCGGCGUCACCUUUAUCCUGGGCUGUCAGUGUGUGUUUCAAAAAGAAGAGAAUAAUACGAAGAAGAAAUCUGAUCAGUCUUUCUUCGGUUCUUUCAUCUACCUGCGACAGGAAUCACGCAAAUGUAAAAUAUUGUACAGAUCAUGAUCGGUGUACACAACAUUUAUCUGUGGUUAGGUUACUUAUUAAAUCAUGGUACGAGCCUGAUGUUUAUACUGUCCUGUGUAUCAUGAAAUGUAACCUUUUCAUUAGCAUAAGACUGUGUGAUCUAGUUUCACUCAAAGCUCCCAACAUUUAUACUUAGAGAGAAACACUAAUAAUGUUGCUGCUCUAGCAAUAUCAGUUAAAAGUUUAAUCUGAGAAAUAAAUGAGCUGUAAAAAUUACAAAAUUACAUCAAUACUUCAAUAAAGAA